AUGCCUCACUCUGGUGGCAUCUCUAUCGGCAACAUGCCAAAAUUUCUCUCAAAUAACAUUACUGCUUCCAAUUCAUCUUACUCUUCAAAAAUCCCAAGCGUUAGUACCACCGAGAUACAUUCGCCUAUGCAAACCAUGCCACAGGAAAAGACCAAGCCAUCUUCAUCACAGCGAUGUAUGGACCAAGCCAGGCCUCUCAAGGUCAUCUACAUUGGCGGUGGUAUCUCGGGUAUCUGUGGUGCCGUCGAGUUCCGUAAGCAAGUGCCUGAUGUAGACCUGGUCAUCUACGAGAAAAACCCUGACCUUGGUGGAACGUGGUUUGAGAACAGAUAUCCAGGCUGCGCAUGUGAUGUCCCAGCACACGCUUACCAGUUGACCUACGAGUCCUCACCACGAUGGAGUUCCUUUUUCGCAUCGGCGCCCGAGAUCCUUCAAUAUUGGAAGGAUAUUGCCAGCAAAUACGAUGUCGGAAAGCACAUGCGCUUUCAACAGAAGUGCAUUGGUGCGCGAUGGAAUGAAACGACCAGCAAGUGGUACGUGCAGCUAAAGAACUUGGCCACAGGCGAAGAUUACCAAGACUCUGCCGACGUUCUUGUGACUGGAGAAGGUGUCCUCAAUGAGUGGAAGUGGCCCGAUAUCAGUGGUAUUGAGAACUUCAAAGGCCAUCUUCUGCAUAGUGCCAACUGGGAUCCUCAGGUUGACUUGAAGAACAAGUCUGUCGCCGUCAUUGGAUCUGGCAGCAGCGGUCUUCAAAUCGUGCCUGCGUUAUUGCCCGAUGUCAAGUACAUGGACCACUACGUCCGAGGCCGCUCUUGGAUCGUCGGCCUUUUCGGUGAUCCAGAAACACGACAGAGAAUCCAACAAGCAGGCGGCAACUUCAACUACACGGCCGACGAGAUGAAGAAGUGGGAGACAGACCGCGAAGCAUACCUGGAAUACAGACGGGCCAUCGAGUACAAUAUCAACAAAAACUUUGGAGUUCUCUUCCGUGGAUCCAAGGAACAGACCAACCUUCGAGAAAUUGCCCAAGAGUCGAUGAUGCAGAGACUGAAGGGCAAGCCGGAAAUCUACGAUCAUUUGUUGCCCGAGUUUUCACCUUAUUGCAAGCGUAUGUCGCCUGGACCAGGAUACUUGGAGGCUUUGUCAUCUCCCAAGGUCAACACCAUCACCUGCGGUAUCUCCAAGAUUGAUGAGACUGGUGUUUUCACUACUGAUGGAGAAUAUCACCCUGUUGACGCUAUCGUUUGCGCAACUGGCUUCCAGACCUCACCUGCCAACAGAAGUUUCCCCAUUUACGGAGUCGACGGUGUGAAUCUACGAGAACGCUUUCAAAAGCGCCCAGAGACAUACCUGAGUGUCUGCACAGAUGGAUUUCCCAACUUCUUCCAAUCCAUGGGCCCCAAUUCUAUGCCCGGAGCCGGCAGUCUUCUCCUCGUCAUCGAGAAGACGAACCUCUACAUCAGCAAGAUCCUCGCACGAAUGGCCUACGACAACAUCUCUCGCAUCGAGCCCAAGCGAAGCAUGGUCCAGGCCUUCACCAACUACUGCGACGAGUUCUUCAAACAAACCGUGUUUGCAGAAGAGUGCAAUUCCUGGUACAAGACGUACGAGCAGGGCGCGUCUCGUGAGGAGCAGAAGAGAGGUCGCAUAACAGCUUUGUGGCCUGGAAGUAGUUUGCACUGUGUUCGGACAAUGAGUAAUCCUCGUUGGGAGGAUUUUGAGUACAACUAUUGCGAUGAUGAUGAGUUUGGUUGGUUUGGGAAUGGGUGGACGUUGGCAGAGAAGUACGUGACGGAGGAUUUGGAGUCGUUGACUUGGUAUCUUAAUGAUACCAAGAUUAUGAACAAGAUUAAGAAAGAGGACAUAUGA